AUGCAAGUGCAAGUGGAAGAAACCUGCCACAUACCCGAGAAGCAAGCAGACAUCGGCACGGCCCCGCUGGUGGCAAGCCGGGCAUUGGAUGCGAGAGACUUUACGGUGGCGAUGUCAAGCUGCUCGAGACUCCGUGCUUGGAGGGAGGCGUGCGUGCUUUUACAAGCCAUGCCGGAAGCAAGAGUGCAAACAAAUGUAAUCAGCUUUAAUGCCACUGCCAGCGCCUGCCAGAAGGGCGGUCAAUGGCAGCACGCGCUGGGGGCAUUUCAGGCCAUCGCCAAGCGGCACCUGGAGCUUGACAUCUACAGCUUCGGCGCCGUUCGCGGGGCUGGUCGUUGGCUGCAGGCCCUGGGCCUCUUCAAGACUGUCUUCGAGGCACAGGUGCAAGUGAACGAGGUCAGCUUCAAUACAACGAUCAGUGCUCUUGAAGCAUGGGAGGCUGCGUUAGAUCUGUUUGGGGCCAUGCCUGAGGCAAAGGUGCAGGCCAGUGAGGUCAGCUUCAAUGCAAGUAUCAGCGCUUGUGAGAGACUUGGGCGGUGGCGGCAGGCAUCACGCCUCUUUGGGCUCAUGCCAGAGGCAAAUCUGCAGCCCAGUGUAGUCACCAUCAACUCCACCACCACUGCUCGUGGAAAAGGUGGGUGGCGCAUGGCAUGGGACAUGUUCCAGACCAUCGAGACCAAAGUGCGACCCAAUGUGAUCAGCUUCAAUGCAGUCAUUAGCGCCUGUGCAACAGGCGAACAGUGGCAGCCCGCCUUGGAGUUGUUCUCAGCCAUACCGCUGGUAAGGGCGCCACCCAACGAAAUCAGCUUCAAUGCCAUCAUCACUGCCUGUGAGAAGGGGAAUCAGUGGCAGUGCGCCUUGGACUGGUUUUGCACCAUGAGAAGCUCAAGGCUUGAAGCUGAUGUGAUCAGCUUCAGUGCAACCAUCAGUGCUUGCGAGAAGGCUGCAGAGUGGCAGCUUGCAUUGCACCUCUUCUGGGCCAUGGCUGACGCACAAGUGCAAGCCAACGCAGUCAGCCUCAGUGCAGUCAUCAGCGCUUGCGCGAAAGCCGGGCAGUGGCCGCUGGCCUUGGGGCUCUUCUGGGCCGCGUCAGAUGCGAGGCUGCAGGUCAACAGCGUCAGCUUCAACGCGGCCAUCAGCGCCUGCGAGAAAGGCGGGCAGUGGCAGCGGGCCUUGGCGCUCUUUUGGGCCAUGGGCUCACGAGUGGGGCGGCGAACCAUUGUCAGCUUCAGUGCAGCGAUCAGUGCCUGCGAGAAAGCCGGGCAGUGGCAGCAGGCCUUGGCCCUCUGUGAGCGAAUGCCUUUCGCGCGGGUGCAGCCCAACGUGAUUAGCUUCAACAGCAGCAUCAGCGCCUGCGAGAAGGGUUCGCAGUGGCAUCAGGCCUUGGGACUUUUUCGGGCCAUGGCAUCAGCAAACGUGGAGGCCAGUGACAUCACCUUCAAUGCGAUCAUCAGCGCUUGCGAGAAAUCGGGGCGCUGGCAGCACGCCUUGGCCUUGUUCUCCAUGCUGGCCGAAGCCAACCUGAGGGUCGGGGAAAUCAGCUUCAGCGCAGCACUCGGCGCCUGCCAAAUCGGAGGCCAAUGGCAGCAAGCGCUUGCCAUGUUCUGCUCCAUGCCAGAGUUGCAGCUUGAACCCACCCAAGUUUGCUAUAGCUGCCUGCUCGCUUUGCUAAGCGAGCAGAAGCCUUGGGCCUUGCAAUCUUUGAAGCGGCUCUGCGCAAAGCGAUGUCUCCGAUUUUGGCGAAACGCAGGAAAUCGCGGCUGGAGCCAGACGGGCGCUUGA